AUGGCUGUCUCCGAAGACGCUACGUUCAAUCCUCGAACGGAGCUACUCCCCCACAUUGUCGACCACUAUGCCAAGGUGAAACCAGACGCGCUGUAUGCGGAAUAUCCCAAGUCUCCCUUGACCUAUGAACAUGGGUAUCGCCAGGUUACCUUCCAAGGCUUGGCCAAUGCGGUCAAUGGCUUGGCCGCGUGGUUGACUGAGAAAUUGGGCCCGGGGAAUGGCGAAAUCUUGUCAUACGUCGGUGCCAACGACGUGAGAUACCCGGCCCUUGUUUUAGGAGCCAUCAAAGCCGGAUAUGUCAUGUUCUAUACGUCUCCCCGAAACAGCGUCGUAGCCCAUGAGACCCUAUUCAAGCAAUUAGAUUGCACAAAGUUCCUAGCACCCACUCCGCGCCCUCCUCCCGUAACCGCCAUCCUUGAUGCCUUCAAGAUGGAUGUGCUCGAUGUGCCAAGUGUGGAUGAGCUAUUGGACACACCUUAUCCCCAUUUUGAAUUCUCACGAACUUAUCCAGAGGCGGCCGGGGAAAGGCUGGUGGUAGUGCACACAUCGGGCUCAACCGGCAUCCCCAAGCCAAUCUUUUGGACCCAUGCUGUUGCCAACAAGAACAUGGAGAUGGGCGCUUUAGGUGCACCGGAAGGAUUUGAGAUCCAGGACCAUUGGAUGAUGAACAAGAGGGUUUUCUCGGCACUUCCACCGUUCCAUGCAGCGGGCUUGGCCAUGUUACUGUUUCUUGUUAUGCCCGCCGGGGGCACGGUCAUUUGUCCGACAUCUGCUGGUCUUCCCUCCGCGGCAGGGAUGGUUGAGGCCAUGAAAAAGACCCCCGUCGAGGCGGCCUUGGUCGCUCCGUUCAUGGUCUUGGAGCUGGCUCAGAACCCGGAGCUCCUCGAAUACUGCAGUCAGCAUCUAGAACUACUAGCAUAUGCCGGGGGUGACUUACCUCAGGCUAUCGGCGAUGCGGUAGCAUCCAAGGUCAGACUUAUCAACCGAUAUGGAGCCUCGGAAAUGGGAUUACUGAACCUGGUUCACUCCGACACCUACCGAGACCGGCUCAAGGAUUGGAGAUACAUGCAUUUCCACCCAGCCCUGGGCGCUGAGUUUCGCCAUGUGACCGGAGAUGAGUAUGAGUUGGUUUUUGUGCGCUCACCGGAGCGGGAGCCCCAUCUUAUGAUGUUCGCUGUGUUCCCUGAGCUGCAAGAGUAUCACACACGGGACCUUUUCAUCCGGCAUCCGGAUGAGAACAAGGCCGACCUCUGGCGCUAUAGUGCCCGAGCAGAUGACGUGGUAGUCUUCCUAAACGGAGAGAAGACAAACCCCAUCUCGAUGGAACAACACAUCACUGCUUCCAAUUCGGAGGUGACCGCGGUUCUGGUUGCUGGUGCCCAGCGGUUCCAGGCCUCGCUCAUAAUUGAAUUGGGCGGUAAAGACCUCACCCCCAGCGAGCGAGCAGCGUUUAUUGAAAAGAUCUGGCCGAGUAUCGAGGAGGCCAACGAGGUCUGCCCGGCACAUGCUCGCAUCGCGAAAACUCAUAUAUUGUUCGCCACGUCUGAGAAACCGAUGCUGCGCGCCGGAAAGGGCACCAUCCAGCGGGCUGGAACUUUAGAGCUGUACGCGCAGGAGCUCGAGUCCUUGUACGCGGAUGCCGAUCGAUUGACCUCCGACGCUGAUGGCGAAUCGACCGGUCCGGGUCGGGUCAACGAUGGCCAAGUGCUGUCUGCUUUCAUUCGAGAGACCCUCAUCUCCAUUACUGGAUGGAAUAAGGAUAGCCUGAGUGACACGGAAAACUUCUUUCAUCUAGGUUUGGACUCAUUGCAAGCCAUUACAGCAGCUCGACGGCUCAAGCGCGGCCUCGACUUCCCUAAAUUUACCCCGAACCUGAUUUAUCUUCACCCGUCAAUCUCGGAGUUGACUCAGGCAGUCAUUGAACUCCAGCAACAUCAGGAAACUUCUGAGGAAACCCAGAAAGAAGCUCGCCUCCAUGUUAGGAGCAGUCUACUUGAGGAAUUCCAAGACAUGCUCAAGACUACCCAGGCCCAGGCCCAGACGGUGGUAUUGACGGGCUCGACUGGCACUCUAGGUACAUACAUCUUAGAUGCUCUGCUGAAAGAUCCUUCGGUUGCCCAUGUUCACUGCCUGAACCGAAAAGCCGACAGCCUUGCAAUCCAAAAGCAGAAGAACAGCUUCUACAACUUGGAUUCUCAUCUCGAUCCUUCCCGCGUCAGCUUCUGGACUGCGGAUCUAUCCCAACAAGAUCUAUGUCUGAAGCCCGAUGUCUUCGAAACCCUGCAGGAGACCACGACUCUCGUGAUCCACAAUGCUUGGGCUGUCAACUUCAACCUUUCCCUCUCGUCCUUCAAGCCCCACCUCGCAGGUGUCGUGAAUCUAGCCAACUUCAGCUCGUCCGGUACCCAAUCGCCCCGUCUAUUCUUCAUUUCCUCAAUCAGUUCCGUUAUGGGUCAUCGCUCUGCAUCUGCUGUAACGCCAGAGGAGGUGAUUCAAACGCAAGAGCCGGGCCCCAACAGCUACGCCGACAGCAAGUACCUCGCAGAGCAACUACUUGGCCAGGCUGCGCGAACUCGCGGUAUCCGAGCCUCGAUUGCCCGAGUCGGCCAGAUUGCUGGCGCGGUGCGAUCCCCGGGUCUCUGGAACAAGUCCGAAUGGUUCCCCAGUCUAGCCCUCAGCUCUCUUCACGUCGGAGCCAUCCCCGACACCCUCGGGCCCGCCCUGAACCGAAUCGACUGGGUUCCCAUCGACCUCCUCGCUGAAGUCCUCGUCGAUCUCGCUCUCCAGGAACCCUCCUCCACGGGAUCCGUCGUCGACGUCGCCCACCCACUCAACCUCUCGCCCACAACCUGGGAGACAAUUCGCCCUGCAGUCUCCGAUACCCUCUCCACAUUCGCGGGCGGGAAGCCCCUCGAGGUGAUCUCCCUCCCGGCCUGGAUCUCUCGCGUCCGCCAGGACAUCGAAACCGCCGGUGGAAGCCACACCUCGCUCGGCGACGGCGACCUCCAGACGCUCCUGGAAAAGAACCCGGCGGCCAAACUGCUGGAGUUCUUUGAGUCUUUGGCUUCCUCGUCAGAGCCUGAUAAUGUCCUGGACACUCAGACGACGGCGAAACGGAGCGAGAAGCUGCAGGCUGUGGAUGCGAUUAAGCCUGAGUGGAUUCACAAGUGGGUUCAGGAGUGGGUGCAGCAGCCUCUGCCAAACUGA